AUCGACUGGCAGUCACUGCGAUACACGCAAAGCUAUCGGAAGACUGCGCUACGAACAUCAACACACAGAACAGACCAACUAACGGAACAAAAAUGCGCAGCGCGAAAAUAAAAUAAGUAGCGAAAACACUGGCGUGUGUGUUAACUAAAAUAAGUCCCAUAAAUAAUCUAUUUUUUUGCGGUGCGUGCGCGUGUGUGUGUGUGCGCGCGAAAGAGCAGGAAGAGAAGAAGUUUCGGUGGAGCACAGUGCAGAAGGCGAAGCGGAGUGAAGGAGGAGCGUAAAAAGUAAAAGUGGCGGUGCCUGUCUCUAUACGUGUGUGUGUGUGUGCAAGUGUGGUUUGUUGUGUAUGUGUGUGCCGAAAAGAAGUUGCAGAAAACAUUACGCAAAAUAAAAGAGCGAAAUAACCACAACACAACAAAAGAUAUUGUGCAAACAACACAGCGCUGAGAAGCGGAAAGGUGGAAAGCAGCACGUCGGAGAGGGGCAGCAGCAGAGGGUGAGGGAGAGGGGCCUGGCGGACGGAGGUGGUGCGAGCGAGAGCGAACGACCGGCGCAAUGAGCAUCGUUGGCGAAAACCAUCCCCUCCCAAACCCAACCCCCGCCAGCGCCGUGGUGUCCGCAUCAUCGGGCGGCGGUGGGGGCGGCGCGGUCGUCAUGGGCGUCGGCGUAGGCGUGACCACAGCGAAUGGACCCCGUGUCGUCACCAUUUACAAAACGGAAACGGGCUUUGGCUUCAACGUGCGUGGCCAAGUUUCCGAGGGGGGUCAACUGCGCUCGAUCAACGGCGAGCUGUACGCCCCCCUUCAGCACGUGAGCGCCGUCCUUGAGAACGGGGCGGCCGAGAAGGCGGGCAUCAAGAAGGGCGAUCGCAUCCUGGAAGUAAAUGGCGUCAGCGUCGAGGGAGCCACACAUAAACAGGUCGUAGAUCUGAUCAAAUCCGGCGGCGACUGCCUAACACUGACGGUGAUAUCGGUGACACAGCAGGAGGCUGAUCGACUGGAGCCGCAGGAGGAUCAGAGCGGCUACUCCUACAUCGAUUACUCGGACAAGCGUUCGCUGCCCAUUAGCAUACCGGACUAUGGGAUCGUGAAUCGAAAUGGCGAGCGGUACAUCGUCUUCAACAUACACAUGGCUGGACGGCAGCUCUGUUCGCGUCGCUAUCGGGAGUUCGCCAACCUGCACUCGCUGCUGCGCAAGGAGUUCUCCGGCUUCAACUUUCCCAAGCUGCCCGGCAAGUGGCCCUUCCAGCUGAGCGAACAGCAGCUGGACACGAGGCGCCGUGGACUGGAGCAGUAUCUGGAGAAGGUGUGCGCUGUGCGGGUGAUUGCGGAGAGUGAUGCCGUUCAGGACUUCCUCACCGACACCGAGGAUGAUAUAUCCGCCUCGCCGGUGGACAUUAAGGUGAUGCUGCCCGAUCAUGAAGUGAGCACCGUGUCGGUGAAGAAGUCUUCCAAUGCCCAGGUGGUAUGGGAGAUCCUGGUGCAGCGCGCCAAUCUCACCGCCUACACGCAGCAGUAUUUCUACCUGUUCGAGAUCGUCGAGUACAACUUUGAGCGGAAGCUGCAGCCGCACGAGAUUCCACAUCAGUUGUACGUGCAGAACUACAGCACCGCCUCAUCCACCUGCCUCUGCGUCCGUCGCUGGCUCUUCUCGGUGGCCAAGGAGCUGACGCUGCCGGAUGGCGAGCAGGCUGGCCGCUUCAUAUUUUACCAGGCGGUCGACGAGGUGAAUCGCGGCAAUAUCCGUGCCGAUGGACGCCUGUACGAGCUGAAGGCGCUGCAGGACGCCAAGAAGGCGGGCGACUAUCUGGCCUUGGCCCGCACACUGCCAGGAUAUGGAGACGUCGUCUUUCCCCACUGCUCCUGUGAUAGUCGCAAGGAGGGACACGUUGUGCCCGCUGUGGGCAUGAAGAGCUUUCGCCUGCACGCCUGCCGUGAGGAUGGUUCGCUGGAGGCGCAAAUGGUCGAGCUGACCUGGGACAGCAUCACGCGCUCCGAGAGCGACGAGGAGUCCAUGUCAUUCUGCUUUCAGUACAAUCGUCCAGAUAAGCCAGCACGUUGGGUCAAAGUCUACACGCCAUAUCAUGCAUUCCUUGCGGACUGCUUUGAUCGCAUCAUGGAGGAGCGCAAGUGGGAAGACAGCGGCGACUAGGGAAGGCGUAAGGUGCUGGACGAGGAGCAGGAGCAGGAGCCAGAGGAGCCAGUGGAGCAGAAAGAGGAGCAGCGACGGCGUCGGCGGCAGGAGGGGCAGAUUAAGCAACCCAGUACCAUACCAAGCAUCACCAGGCGGGCCGAGGCAUUGCACAUUGUUCGUUAGUGGUUCGUUGGUGG